AGUAUGUUCUGUUCUAAUAUUAAAAAUUGUGACUUGAUCAUUACGAGCUACAAACAAAAUGAACAGAUGAACAAUGAUUAGGUUGAUUGAUAGACACGUUUCAGAUAACCAUUAACCGAGUAAGAAAGAAGAGAACACAAAAAAAGACACUCCUAAGUCAACUACACUAUUAAUAUUCAUGUCUUGUAGCUUCUCUUUUCAUUAUCUAUCACUCUAAAAAUGGCUUCAACACUUCCUCUUGCAGUUACUCAAAAAUCCAAAAAUGAAACUACAAAUUUCACAAGUGUGAAAACACUCUCAGAAUCACCAGAUUUCAACAACUCUAUUCCUUCCUCAUACACAUUUGAUAAUGAAAAUGAAAUAGUGACAGAUCCAGAUGAAGUCAAUGAUCCAAUCCCAGUCAUUGAUUAUUCUCUCCUUGUCAAUGGUAAUCAUGAUCAACGGACCAAAACUGUUCAUGACAUAGGCAAGGCUUGUGAGGAGUGGGGAUUCUUCAUGUUGAUAAAUCACUUUGUUCCAAAGAGUGUCAUGGAGAAAAUGGUUGACCAAGUUUUUGCUUUCUUUAAUCUUAGAGAGGAAGAAAAACAAGAGUAUGCAGGUAAGGAAGUAGUGGCUGAUUCAAUAAAGUAUGGUACUAGCUUCAAUGUUUCAGGGGAUAAAAACUUGUUUUGGAGAGAUUUCAUUAAAAUUAUUGUUCAUCCUCAAUUUCACUCACCUGAUAAACCUUCUGGCUUCAGGGAAACAUCUGCAGAGUACAGCGAAAGAACAUGGAAAUUAGGAAGGGAACUACUGAAAGGAAUAUCAGAAAGCUUGGGAUUGGAAGCCAACUAUAUAGACAGAACAAUGAAUCUAGCUUCUGGUUUACAAAUGUUAGCAGCAAAUCUUUAUCCUCCUUGUCCUCAACCUGAGCUUGCAAUGGGAAUGCCCCCACAUUCUGAUCAUGGCCUCUUGAACCUCCUCAUCCAGAAUGGAGUUAGUGGCCUUCAAGUUCUUCACAAUGGCAAGUGGAUCAAUGUCAGUUCCACUUCAAACUGUUUCUUGGUCCUUGUCUCUGAUCAUCUUGAGAUUAUGAGCAAUGGCAGUUACAAAAGUGUAGUACAUAGAGCAGCUGUGAGCAAUGGAGCUACAAGAAUGUCGUUGGCAACGGUUAUCGCGCCAUCCUUGGAUACUAUUGUUGAACCAGCUUCAGAGUUGCUAGACAAUGAAAGCAAUCCAGCAGCAUAUGUUGGGAUGAAACACAAAGAUUACAUUGAACUUCAACGAAGCAACCAGCUUUAUGGAAAAUCUGUGCUUAACAAAGUGAAAAUAUGAAUUUGAAUCAUCUCAAGUGUUGCACUAAGCAAUAGGCCAAAAGUUAAAAGUUUGUAACUAAAUUGUAGUAUACAAUAAGCAAUUGAGUCUUCAAUGUAAAAUUUCUGUAAAAUGUUGCAAGUAAUAGUGUAAUACAAUAAGAAAGAUUCAAUUCAA